AGUAUAUAACAGGAAGUACGUGAGAGGAAGGACAAGGUUAGAAAGAUGGAAGCCAUUUUGUUUAUGUGAAGUCCUGUCUGAAAAAUGUAAGUUUAAUUUAUAAAACGAUUGUAGUUUGAUUAAAAAUUUGCUUAGAAAUAUUCUUAAAAUUAUACGUUGAAUUUUUUUUUAAUUUUGAGGAUUUUCUCGUAAAAACACUUUAUUACAGCAUAAAGAUAUUUAGCAGAGGCGUACAAAGCGCGCUUUGUUACCUUGCUUUGAAAUUGUAAUUUUCCCAAGUAUGAUACAAAUCAAUCUCAAUUUUGAAAAUCUUUGUGGAAACUUUCCAUAUCUAAAAAAUAUAAGAUCUCGUAAGCCAUUAUGUCAACUAAUUAAUGUAUUAUAGUCUCUUCACAUUUAUUAUGACCGAUUAAUUUCCUUUUUGAAAUGGUUUUAAUAGGGCGAACUUCGAAGAGAUGGAAGAUUUAUGUGCAGUUUGUUCAAAUAGGCUGGAAGAAAAUCAGAAUGUUGUACCCUUAUAUGAUACAAAUGGUGAAAAGCUAGAGGCUUGCAAAUGCCUGGAAGAAAUACUCAAUCUCCCACCGGGAACCCAUCACUCAUCUAAUAAAGUAUGCGAAAUAUGCUUUACUCAAAUUAAAGAUGCAUAUAAAGCUAGGGAGAAUAUUGCAAAUAUGUAUCAAAAAUCCAAAGAUAGUGCUGAUAUUGAAACGCUCUCGACAAGUUCUGUUAUAGUACAAGAAGGAGAUUUAAUUGAUAUGGAAGAAGAUUCUCGGGAUAUGAUUGAUAUAGUUGUCGUUGAAGAGGAAGAAGAUAUGCAUCUUGCCAGCGACGAUAAUGAGGACGGGAAGAGAUUUAGGAAAGAAAUUAUUCACGAGUGGUCCUCUGAUCCCAAUCAUCAAGUAACGAAUCUUUGGAAAUCAAAGAAAGUUCGAACGAAGCGAUCAGCUUACACAAAGUUCAUUCAAAAAUUAAAGAAUUCUGUCUACAAAUGUUUAAACUGCACGGAAAUAUUUCAUAAACAAACUAUUGCCUUUACCCACGUAAUUUAUUGCCUAAAUGGCCCUAAAUUCGGCUGUUCGUGUGGAGUCCUUUUAAGGAACCAUUCUAAUGUGAAUGUUCACUUAGGAGAAUGUGGAGUUAAUCCUGCAUUUAUUUGUGAAAUUUGCAAGAAGUAUUUUGCUACGGAAGCUCGUUUAACAGCCCACAUGGUUAUACAUACAGAAAACAAGCCCUUUAAAUGUUCACACUGUGACAGCUCUUUUCGACAUAAAUCUACUCUAGAUUAUCACGAGAGGAGGCAUAAUGGUGAUCAACCGUACAAGUGCCAAUUUUGCUCCGAAAAUUUUAGUCGACCUAAUUUCUAUAUUGAUCACAUGAGACUUUAUCAUCCUGAUGAUAUGCCAUACGAGUGUAAAGACUGCGGUUUAAAGUUUAUGAAACAAUUUGCUCUGGAUAAACAUUUCAAUCAAAAAGAAUGCGCUAGUGGGCGGAAGAAAUUGGCUACUUUGGCUAGAAGAAGGGCUAAAUUGGAAAGAAUGAAAAACAUUUCAGAGAAGGAAAUGAAGAAAAUUCAAAAUAAAAUGAAGUAUGAUAGAACGUAUAGAAAUAGAAGAAAACAAAUUGUAGAAGCUAAAAAGUCCAAGACGGAAGCAACCGAGGAAGUAGAGGAAUUCAAUGUCAUCGAAUUAAUUAGUGAAAAAACGCUAUAUAGAAUUAAAAUAGCUCCGGGAUUCGUUAAAAAGUAUUUCGCUGAUCUUGAGAGUCAAUUUAAUGAUGUUGUUCAAAAGGAAUGUGUUAUUGUUAAAACGGAAGAUGGUAAUGAAUUAUUCAUUCAAUCGUCUAAAUUAGAUGUGAAAGCUGAUAAACUGGAGUCUUAUGACGCCCCGAAAGCAAAUGUUAAAUAUUUAGAUACGGAAGUUGAAGGGAACAUUUUAGAAAUUGGAACAAUUUCUGAGCAUUUAUAUUCGGAAGUGGUAAGCAUGGAAGUUUCCUUAUCGAGAGCCGUUUUUUGUGAAAUCUGUAGAAAAACCUUAUUCAAAGUCCAUCGACUGAACUCUCAUUACGAUGAAUGUCAUAAAGGAGAAGAAAGUGAUUUUUCGAAGACAGUAUUUUUUCUGGAGAAGUUAGGAAGAGAGGACGAUUUACAGUUUUCUUGUUCUGUUUGUCCGGCGAAAUUUGCGAACGAGUCUCUUUGCAAAGCACACAUCUCAUACGUCCACAAUUGCUCAUUAUGCUCGAAAUCAUUUAAAAGACGUGCGGAGCUCAUUCGGCACAAGGCUACUCAUAGCGGAUUAAACAAGAAAUAUCCUUGCGAUCUAUGUGGAAGCUUAUUCAGCGAUAAAAAUUACUUAGAAGUUCACGCCCGAAAGCAUACGAGAGAAGAGCCUUUUUCUUGUGAAUUUUGUAAUAAGCGAUUUAAGGAUCCAAAUCACUUUAAAUAUCAUAUUCGUAGUCAUACCGAGCAACCAAGCAAAACGUGCAAUUAUUGCGGCAAAGGGUUCUAUAAAGAUUCUCUACUUAAAAGACAUUUACUGACUCAUACGGGUAAACACGCUUUUGUUUGCACAAGAUGCAAGAAAGGAUUCUCGGAGACUGGCCUUAAGUACCAUUUAUUACAUUCAAAAAGUGACUGUGCUAUAGCUGUAGCCAAAACAGCCGAAAUAAAUUCUAUGAAAUCUUCGACACUAGUGCAAGAUAUAGUCGGAAGGCCAACUGUUUCAUACGAUCAGGAUGGAGGGGCAACUGUUACAAUACAUAGACCAUCGUUUGACGAAGUUUUGAAUCAAAACCAGCCCAUGUUAUCCUCGUCACCAAAUGACAUUGUUGACCAAAAUUCCUCAUAUCUACUAGGAAGAGUCGUUCAAACUGACCAGGGAGCACAACUCGUCGUUGUUAAUGAAAAAGCAGAUAAACUAACAGAGUAA